AUGCAAAGCACGGUUCCGUCCACGAAAGCUCCAGAGGCUUCAAAUGGUACGGUUGCUCGCCAGAGCACCGAAGCGGUGCAUCAACAGCGCUCCAAACCGGGACUCUUCGCGCAGCUUGCAGUGGGAUCGCUCGCGGCUGGAACGGCAACCUGCGUUUCCGCUCCUUUUGACUUGAUUAAAGCGCGCCUACAGCUGCAAAGAUUGGAUAGUAGUGAACACAGCGACGCCUCAACGGUGGAGGCACAUCGGGCAACAAAGCGGUAUCGUGGGAUGCUCCACGCCGGUUACCGCAUCAUUCGGGAAGAGGGCCCUUUAGCUCUGUGGUCGGGUCUGGAGGCCGCGUUCUGGCGAGCACUGACCUACUCUGGCGUGCGUUUAGGUCUCUAUCAGCCGAUUCGUGACUGGUAUGCGGGCGUCUUUGAAAGACGCCUCAGGUACACGUCAGCAGAUGCCGGCUCGGUACCCGAGGCCUCUUCGGUACCUUCUGCGCCGGUCCUCGUCAAACUGGCCGCUGGUGCUACUUCCGGUGCUCUCGGAGCACUAGUCGGAACGCCGUUCGAAGCUGCCAAGGUACGUAUGCAGUCUGGACGGUAUCCGUGUCGCAACACAUGGCAAGUACUUCAAGAAAUGGCCGCAGAAGGGCGAGCACACGCCGGCUCCUCCAGAUUUGGCGUCAUCUGGGGCCUCUGGAAUGGCGCUAGUGCCACUGCUGUGCGAGCAGCGACCAUAACCGCGACUCAGGUCGGACUUUAUGAUGUCGUGAAGACAAAGAUCGCGGACAUAAGCGGAUGGCCCGCAACAGAUACCCGUGUUUUUCUGAGUUCGGCAAUGAUGGCUGGAUUUUUCUCGACAACUUCGAGUUCUGCAUUCGACGUGAUUAAAACGACGCAACAGGGCUCGCGUCGUGGUGCUUAUCGUGGCAUGCUAGACUGCGCGGUACAGAUAUGGAGAAAAGAAGGCGCCUUCGCCUUCUUGAAAGGCUGGGUACCAGCAUACGUCCGAUUAGGGCCGCACACGAUGAUCACUCUUUGGGUCUACGAGUUCGCCCGUCGAGUGCUGGGAUACACUGCGUUGUAG